AGUGUUCCUAUAAGCUUCUGGUCUUGUUUACAUGUCGUAUAGAUGCUUAUAACAUAUCGAUUGGGAAUUAUUGUGAAGAGAAUCUCCAUGUGCCCCAAAAGUAUUGUCAUUAAUUGUUUUGUUUCCUUAAUUUUCUAGUACAAACAUGACUAUCAUCUGAUUGGACUCCACCUUCACAUAAACGAUAUUAGGUAAAUCAGAUUUCCUUUCUUUAAAAAAUUCCCUCAAAAAUUGAAGUUCAUUGUUAGGGGUGCCUGUGGCUCUAUUUUCAGGUCCAGAUCCAGGGCAGCAUACCUCAUCAUGACAACCUUCGUGAAAUGAAGUUGGAACUUUUGAAGAGACAUCACAGACCAGUCAGUAAAGAUGACAAUGGUUUCAGCUCUUCAAUGGAUUCUUUCACUAUCAAGUUGGGAAAUCAGGUCUGGUAGUGGAAAAGGGAAAGGAAUUCCACAAUCACUUCGUGCAUUUGCUCGUGUUCAAUGUUGCACCUCUCCUCAAGAACUUAGUGACCUGGUCGAGGAAGCUGCACAACAUGAUGGACGAUUGGCUCGGCGUCCUUUAACGAACAACUGCAGAGAGAUUAAAGCCCAUCAGAUGUUGAUAUCAACAUUAACCCAAUUAGCUGAGGAUUAUGAUGCAUCUGUUAAGUCUUUGGGGCCGGUGAGUUCUCCUGUUACGUGUGAAAGACUUUCUCACCGGAGGCAAAUGGCUCAGGAUCUCCUUAGUGGCGAGCUUCGUAUCCUCGAAUCUGCUUCUGCGUGGCUAAAGAACUACUGCGCAACCUUGAUGGCAAGUGACUGCCAUAGAGAUGGUGUAUGUUCUACAAAACUACCAAGGAGCAGAACUGAGAGGGGAGAGAUGUAAUAUAAUAGGACUGUAUCAGUGAGAUCAAACACUGGUACAAGUUGUAGAUUCAUA